CUCAAUGGCUGUUGUUUCAUACGGACCCGCAGUUUCAUCGCCUACUCCGGUAUUAGCAUCCAUGCAAUAUCUCCUCGCGACUACAUCAUGCUUUACCAUGGAGGUUCUACUUUGGUAUCAUCUCACUACUUCACGCAAUCCUCUACACACACCUUGCCCCAGAUACUUGUCCCUCCUUGCAUACCUCAUCGAAUCCACUAUGCUACUAUGUAGGGAGAGAGGAGACGACCCACUUGACUACACGAUGUGGGGCCGUGAAAUCUUCGAGCACAAAUUACAACGUUUACUCCACAAGGCACCCGCUGUUCAGUACACGGGGCAAAAAAAGUACCACUAUCGUCCUGCCCUUAAACCCUCGAUUCGACGAAGGGGGGAUCUAUUCCAGAACAGUGAACUCCUGUGGGUCGCUGUCACGGGCCGCAUAUUUUUGUUAAAGGUCCUCUGAACGUAAUUGUCCCACCUUGGAUUUUGCCGCUUCAUUCUGCUAGCGCAAAUACCCCGUAAGAACGCUCGAAUCGGGCCGCACGGAGAAAUCACCUACUGGCAAAAUGGGCAAACUCUAAUAUGUGACACGUUAUCCAGCCGGAUUCUCUUUGCAGACUUUACGUUGAGAGUUGCUCCAUUUUUGUACGUUAUUGUAGAAGGUGUACUG